GGGGGGUAAACUUGAUAGGUUCAAUCACUAUGUACAAACUGCUCAAUAACCUAUCUCAACCCUACCUCCUGCUUCUGCCGGCAAGGCUGCCAGCAUCAAGCACUCCCCGGGCAGUUCUCCUAGUUGCCCUGUGCCGUGGCCCAACGAGUUCAUCGCAGUCUCCCAUCGCCACCCAUUGCCCUCUCUGCCAACACCUCAACAACCCCCUCAAAUAAGGCUUCUCCGUUUGACACUCUAGUCCCCGGUUCCAAAAAAGCACAAGGAUAGUCUUGUGUCUUCUGGGCAGUUACCACACCAGGAGCGCUGUCCGACCGUUCUGCACUUCCUCCUCACACUACCAUUCAGAGCCAACGGUAACGAUCAGUAAGCUCAGUACGCUCCUCCCAUCUGCGGUGAUGUAGUAAAGUGAUCGUGAGGUGCGACAUUCAAAGCUGUGUUGGCGGCGGAUCCGGCAGAAAAUGAAUUUGCGAGACGAGGUGCGUGAACUGGCCCGCUUUUUACAUCCAGCUCCAGCGGCGGGUGUUUUACCCAACCAAAACCAUGGGCAAGCACGAGUCUGCUAGCUGGGCAGCAGCAUCGCCUGAACGAAUUUGGCAGGUCCAGUUCGCAGGUACCCGUUCUCAUGGUAAAAGCAUUGGACCAGAUGCCUGCGACGGUGAUGACCAGUGGAAGAAUAAGCCUGCUCGACGGAAGCCUUGUCUUGUACUCUCAGCACUCGCUGCGCUGGCAAUCGACUGGGGUUACCUCGCCUUCCUCAUAUCCAUUUAGCUCAAGACAAGAGGACGAAGAGAAACGGUAUGGCACCGGCGUCCGCUCAAGGGUAGCUGAUAAUCUCGCAUCGUCGCAGCACCCCGCCGCAGGCUUCCUGGAUCUCCCAACGCCUUCCUGUCCGAGACCUGAGCCAUGGAAUGCGACAGCGUGACACUUGCCAUAGAGCCGACGCGACGCGUGCAUAAAAUGCGAGAUGGUUGAUCUCUCCGAAAUGCAACUCUGCACGCGAUCAGAGCGAAAACCGAACCGGGAAAUUGCCAAAGCCAAUUGAACCCACCAUCAUGCACUCUAGCCUUGCUAUGAUGCUUAGAAAAGCUUCAGCCUUGGGGAGUCUUCCUUUGGAGGUCUCUUGUCGGGCUCAAGGCAGAUUAAGCCUCGGGCCGCUUGACCAGUCCUCAGGGAUGCGGCCCAAGCCUAGCGCUCGCGCAAUUUUGGCGUCGCCGCCAGUCAUGACGCUUGAAACUCAGACGAAACUGCGACUCAAUGAAGCUUCAUUUUGUAACAAGCGGAAGCGUAGUAAUCAUAACAGCGUUUGCAACCUUUCGUGCAGGUGCUAGGUCGGAAUUGAUGGUCAAUGUUGCAAACGGCGAAAAUGGCCUUGC